AUGGCCUCAAUAACUUCACUUGGUAUCUCAUCACCCAUUGGUCUGGAAUAUGCUAUUCAGGAAGGUUAUUUACCAACUAAUCCUUCUAAUGACUUAUUUAACUGGAGUAACUACUCUAAAAAUUCCGCCAAUUAUCCCUCUGAAGAAGAUGAGUUACUCGUUACUCCUCGAUGUGUCAUCUGGUCUCGAGGGGGAAUUUUUCGCAAGUGCUACAACUUCGACGUUGAAAAAGAAGCUGUAACUCAUGCCUUGCUGACCACUUUUCCGAGCGUUGAUCCCAUUACUUCGAAAAAUGUGAAGUCUAAAGAUCAUACCCAAAAAAGUGAGAACGAUGGUCCCUGGGAGACUGCAAUCGUGAUAUUCCUAAAAACACAGGCUCAUGUUUAUUUUCUCUUCGGCACUAGUCACAUUAUACAUUUACCUUUUGAGGUUGAAUAUGCUUUUGCUGCUCCGAGCGGCGUGGUCUUACAGAGAAAAUUAAGUACUACUCAUAUGGCGGCUGCUCUGAAAUUUCAACUACCAACACAGUCCUCAUUUGCUUCGUCUCAAUCACAACCUUGGUCUGCAGCUAGCUCUCAGCUUUCUUCAUUUUCAGUUGCAGAUCUUGGCGCACCCAAGCAGAUGCCUCUUCCCCAUCCGAUGCACAGAAGUAUGUGGGAUGUUCCAUCUAUGAAUAUAGGUGAUAACUGGCCCCGACUCUUUUCGCUAUCAGACCCGCUCGCUGAAAUUGGCUUGAUAACUGCACAAAAAUUAAACUUCGAAAGCCGGGAAAGGCAACAAAAAAAGGUUAGAAUAUUGCAACUAGAUAUGGAUGAGGAGAUUCUUCAUAUUUCUAACCGUGACGAUUAUCUACCAAAAGGGAUAGCUUUUCCACCUGUGAUUGCUAUAACUUGGAAUCAAGGGACUAGCAGAUAUACUAUAUGGAGAUUUUCUUAUCAAGGAGAAAUCCCAACAAAAGAAGAUAAGAAAAGGUUCGUGAGCGGCAAAAUAUCACGCCGCCGAAGUUCCUAUGCACCCGGAGCUACAACUGGAGCCAACACCCCUAUCAUGGUUGGAAAGCAAUUUAACAUGGAAGGUAUAGGAAGCUCGCAGUCUACCAACCUAAAAAAAAACUUUAAAUUUGAUGAAACUCAGGAUAAGCUUGUAGAUUUCGUAUCAACUCUUGGUCCAGAUUUCGAAAGCCAGGCAGUUCCAAGGAGAAAGUCUCGCCAAGUUAGUUCGAUGUUGGCUCGAGCUGAUUUGUCCGCUACUCAUGAACGAUCUACUUUCACGGAUAUCGCUAGCAGUCUUCCACACUCUCACGGUAAACGCAUUGAAUCUUAUGGAAGUCAACACACUAGAACUAGUAUAGGUCCACAUGGUUUGUUAAGUAGUGCGGGAACAUCUCAAAUACCACUCUCUAGUCAAAGAAGAAACAGUAUUUUCGAAUCGCAUGAUGAUAGUCCACUAGAAGAGCUUUGUGAUGAAGACAAUUUUACUCGAAGGGAUUUUAUUGGUAUUGAUUAUGAUAAUUUUGACGCUUUGAGGCAAGAAAUAGUCUUAACUCAUGUGGGGACAAUCUCUGCUGAAUACAGCAAUGUCCGAUGCCCUGGUAACCGUAAACCGGCUGCAUCUCAUUGUAAGGUGUUUACGCUAUCGGCUCCUCAAUUUACUGCAGAAAAUCUUUGUGGAAAUUGCAGGCUAGUUUGCAUCCUAGACCUCGACGAAAAAAAACUCACAAUGAUCAUGCUGUACUCAAAAUACCAAAAGUUCGACACCAAUCUGAGACAUACAAAAAAUACACCUCAGCCAGAAAACGAAACUAGUUCGCUUUCUCUUGGGCCAAUCAAAAUAAUAGAUAAUGUGAUAGAUGCUUGUCGAAUUGAUGAUGGUGAAAUCUCCCGCGUUUUGAUAUUGUCAGAAACUGAAGAUGGCUACGGAGAACUGCAUCUGCAAGCCCCUUGGAGUAUCUCUGUCAAAGUGCCACUUUCUAAAAACUUUGUCUCUACAAAACUUUGGCAGCUAAGCCAUCAGUUAGGUCAAUUUAGCCAAGAAGGGAAUCUAAGGCAGCCUCAAGCUCUAUGUGGUUUGCGGAAUUCUCGACCAGGCGGACGGGUGGACCUCCUCGAUGAACAGGGAAUAUUACAUCAAAUCUGCAUAUCCUUAAAGCCAAAGGACCCCCAUAUUUUUAAGAUUAUUGAAGGAUGCAGAGAAAUACUCUCUCUAAGCAGAGAUCUUGACAGCCAACCUUUAAAAAGUAGCGACGGAUUCUUGGUCUGCUGGUGGAAUGCUAUGCAGUGGCUCCAAAUAAAUUCUUUUAAUAAUCUAGAUCCAGAAUGGACAGCUCUUUGUAUCAUAUUAUUCGCGUCUACUUUCGGUAUCCAUCACAAUAUUAAGUCGAUACCUGAUGUUUCAGUCCAAGAAAAGAGUUCUCUGGCUAAACCGUUGUAUGGAAGUACCACGCUCCAACAACUCCAUUACGAUUGGGAACUCAUGCAAGAAGAAGAGGCUAAAAAAGGAAAUUCCUUACCGCCAUGGACUGAAAAUUCUGGAUGGGUUUGGCUCAUGGACAAUGUUGCCGCCGAAUUUCAAGAAAAAAACUUGAAGGAGCCAAAUUCAAUAUUUGAACAAAGUACUAUCCAGACCCACUCAUUUUCAUGCAAAUAUGUGAAACUUGCCCGUGAUUACGCAAGAACUAAUUCGGGGAGAAAACUGUUGUUUGAGUGCCUUCCAACUUGGGCGAAUAACACGGCUGAGUCUCGUUCUAAGGCUCUAGAAAAUUUAUGCAUAGGGCUCCACCUACUACGAGAAGAGCAAAAACUUGAUAUAAUGACAUCUGACUGUUUCAACACCGGAUCUGCGAGUUUAACUCCAAUUUUGAUGCAAAUAGUGUUAUGGCUUGGCUGGUCUAGCUGGAUAAAAUUCUAUGAAAUCGAAGAAGCGCUACUAGCAAUAUCUGAGUUUGACAACGACUCGCCAUUUCAGCCUUCAAUUCCGCAGCCUUUUGAAUGUCCAUCUAUAUAUGAUUGGAUCCAGGCUUGUGUAACUUCUCAAUGUUCGACAAAAUUCAGAACUAUUUCUGAUGGAUUUGUAACAAAUCCAUUGAUUUCCAGUAAAAACUCACACAACCGACAGAUACGCCUGACACCUCGAACACUCGUGUUAAAUAAAUUUUUUGAUAACAUAAAUAGCAACUGUUCCCCUGUACACUACGUUGAGGCUCUUUCUAACGCGGGAGCUGACUCUCUGAUGUUGGAGACUCUGCCUGAAGCUAUCUUAGCCCCCAUACAAGAAGCUAUGAUUCAGUGUCAAGCAGAACCACCCUCUCAUUGGAGUAGUACUCUACUUACUCUAGUAGGGCGUGAAGAUAUAAAUCUGUCUCUCUCACUUGGAAAAAAACCACGGGAAGUACAGUCGAUGGCUCUAAUAUCAUCUCAUGAAUCAAGUCUUGAUGUGCACAGCAUCUGCUUAUCUAUUUCUGAAACGGAAAGUACUGGAUCGUUUGAUGGAUCAGCAGAAAUUGAUCGACAGUCUAUCUCAAGGACCAUUUUUAGUGAUGACAGAAGGAUGAAUGAAGUAAUACAGUUACUUGACACUACACACCCAACCAUUGCUAUUUGCAAAGCAGAGCCUCACUGGAGCGAUUCCGAAUUACUAGAAGCUCAAAAAGAGCAUGUACAAGUAUUGGCGAAUCGCACUCUCGCAAUCCCUUCAGGAAGAGGCCUACUUUAUUUCAGUGCUCGCAUCCCGUUUCUUACGCAAAAGUGGCACAUAAGUGGUUUCAAUUUAAAUUGUAUCAUAAGACCUGAUAAUAAUACUAUAGCGGCAGAUAAGACAGCCUUUACCGAAGAAAAGGUCUGUUGGGCAUUUUUCCAUGCCGGAGUUGCCGCUGGGCUGCAAAUUUCUCGUGAUUCCAAAGGGAUUGAUACCUCAUGGAUAUUAUUUAACAAACCAUCUCCGGAUCUUCUGAACAAUCGGCACGCUGGCUUUCUGCUUGCACUGGGCUUAAACGGACAUUUAAAAUCGGUAGCUAAGUGGGUUUCUUUUAAGUAUCUAACCCCAAAGCAUACCAUGACUUCUAUUGGAUUACUCCUUGGGCUCGCAGCCUCAUAUCUUGGAACCAUGGACUCAUUGAUUACAAGACUCCUUUCAGUUCACGUCACGCGGAUGCUGCCACCAGGUGCUGCAGAGCUAAAUCUAUCAUCACUGACUCAAACGACGGGAAUCAUGGGAAUAGGACUGCUUUAUUGUAAUACUCAACAUCGUCGAAUGAGUGAGAUAAUGGUCUCAGAGAUCGAACACAUUGAUAAUGAUACGGGUGAAGAAUCACUACGAAAUGAAGGAUACCGUCUAGCAGCGGGGUUCGCACUAGGAUUCAUCAAUCUCGGCAAGGGUACUGAUCUGAAAGGACUACACGAUAUGAAACUCACCGAAAGGCUACUAUCUCUCGCGACCGGAAACAAAAAAGUGGAUAUUGUUCAUGUUUUAGACAAAGCUACUGCUGCUGCCGUUGUCGGGAUUGCUUUGAUUUUCAUGAAGUCUGAAAAUUCAAUUUUGGCUCGAAAAAUCAAUGCUCCAGACUCAAUACUUCAAUAUGACUAUGUACGCCCUGAUAUUCUUUUGCUUCGAACAGUAGCCAGUCAUCUCAUUAUGUGGAGUAUGAUUGAUCCAUGUUUUCAAUGGAUAGAAAAGAAUCUACCAAAGCAGUAUAGAUCCCGCAGCAAGUUAAGCUCUGUUACUUCGUUGACUACUGAUGAUCUAGCACUUUAUGAUAUUAUAGCUGGCCUCUGCUUCAGUAUUGCAUUGCGUUUCGCAGGGUCUGCGUGUUCAAGCGUGCGGGAUCUUCUAGUCUAUUAUUUGGAUCAGCUAAUGCGUAUCUGCAGAAUUGAAGCAGUUACAUAUGAUGAAAAGUUGACGAGGAACACGGUUCGCAAUUGUCAAGACUUAAUAGCUCUUUCAGCAGCAACCGUAAUGGCAGGUACUGGCGAUCUUACAGUCUUGCGACGCCUUCGAUCUCUACAUGGGCGCGAUGAUAGCGAAACACCUUAUGGUAGUCAUCUGGCAGCACAUAUUGCCAUCGGCGCGCUUUUCCUUGGAGGUGGUACCUUUACUUUUGGUACUUCUAAUAUAGCUAUUGCCGCCUUACUCUUAGCCUUUUAUCCUAUUUUUCCAAACUCCGUUCAUGAUAAUAAGGGUCAUCUACAAGCUUUUAGACAUUUUUGGGCCCUCGCAGCCGAGCCACGGUGUCUCGUAACAAAGGACAUUUAUACCAAUAAACCAACCUCAGUGCCUAUUUCUAUUACUCUUCGCAACGGUGAUCAAUUAAUACGUCAUAGUCCUUGUCUCUUGCCAGAAUUUAAUCUAAUCAAAUAUAUUCGUACCAAUACUCCCGACUUCUGGAAUCUCUUGCUUGAUCUUGAGAGUAACCCAUCUCACAUGAAGGCAUUCAAAUCGACGCAAACCAUUUUCGUACGCCGUCGCCCAGCUCAUACCUCUGCGUUAACUCCAUUCCAAUCAACUCUUCUAUCACUGAAUAAUGUAGAAAAUGUGACUUCCAAUCCCUUGGAAUGGAUUUUUAAACUUGCAGCCUUUGAAUCGCUAAGUCAAGCAGAGCGGGCAUUAGUGAUUCCGCCCGACCGUGGAGGCGCAAGCGACCUUCAUGCAAGGACAAGUGGGACAGUUGUUGAUGCGAGGCUCAUCUUUGAACAUGCUACACUAGAGAGUGGAAGGAAGGACCGGCUAUUUGGAUUGAAGCUGCUGUUUGAUUGGGCUGAUAAGGCUGCGAAUGAUGGUAGGAAUACGCUAUGGAUUCGCAAAGAGAUAGUCGAGAGAUUGAAGGUGAAAGUAUGGACGAUGAUAUGA